GCUCUAUAUGCUUCUAUUUGACUUGCAAUGCCGGCGUCUCUCUGGGAUGCAAACCCUUGCACAGGAUGAAAACAGGUCAGUCUUCUAGAAUGCCUGAGGAAAAUUCCCCAAGACGGAGUCCUCAGAAUAUCCCUUAUCAGGACCUCCCUCAUAUGGUCAAUGCAGAUGGACAAUAUCUUUUCUGCAGAUACUGGAAACCAGCCGCAACUCCAAGGGCCCUCGUGUUUAUCGCUCAUGGUGCUGGGGAACACUGCGGCCGCUAUGAUGACUUAGCCCAGAUGCUGACAGGACUUAACUUGUUUGUAUUUGCUCAUGACCAUGUUGGCCAUGGGCAGAGCGAAGGUGACCGCAUGGUCGUGUCAGAUUUCCAUGUUUUCAUCAGAGACAGCUUGCAGCACAUUGAACUCAUGAAGAAGGAUCACCCAGACAUCCCAGUUUUCAUUCUGGGGCAUUCCAUGGGAGGAGCCAUCUCCAUCCUAACUGCCUGCGAGAGACCAAACGAGUUUUCAGGCCUGGUGUUAAUUUCUCCUUUAGUUGUAGCAAGCCCAGAGGUAGCGACGCCUAUCAAGGUUUUUGCAGCUAAAGUGCUCAACUUUGUUCUACCAAAUCUGACGCUGGGAGCUAUAGACCCAAAUGUGGUUUCCCGGAACAAAAAGGAGGUUGAAUCUUACACCUCAGACCCCCUGGUCUACCAUGGGGGCAUGAAGAUCUCCUUUGUCAUCCAGCUGAUGAAUGCCGUUGCCAAAAUAGAGCGAUCCCUGCCUAAAUUGACUCUGCCAAUCCUGGUGCUACAUGGUUUGCCCGACAAGCUCUGCGACAUCAAAGGUUCCUACUUACUGAUGGACACCGUGCAGAGUCAGGACAAAACACUCAAGGUGUAUGACGAGGCCUAUCAUGCUCUCCAUAAAGAGCUGCCUGAGGUCAGCACUGCUGUGUUUAAGGAAAUACUAACAUGGAUUGGUCAGAAGGUCUCAGCAGCUGGAGGACCCAGCCACACUUAA